AUGGCAUGCUGGGGAUGGCGAGGGUGUGCCGGCUCGGCAUCUUGCGCUUUGGCCAAUCCAUGUCUGAUCUGGCAAGUAGCCGAGAGCACCGGCCGUCGUACGAGAGAUGUCUAUGCUGAUAUGGGAAUCGUUAAAACUCGUUACACAGUGGAUGAUAGCGCGUGUUCGUACUCGCACAGAUCAUGGAGGUGGAUCAAAAAGAUGAAGCAGACGAGAGAGGCCAAGCGUCAAAAUUGUCACCUGCAAGUCAAAGGUCGAUUCAUAUCUGCGACAAGUUUGGAUGAUCUGAGCAUGGGCUUAGCCCAGAUUGAUAUACACACAAUUGGUACAACAAGGAGGAAGGAUUCUUCACCAGCUGACUCGACGGUUGACUCAGAUUGCAAAGGAGCGAGUGAAACAAGUGCUGUCGGUAGCUGCUGCCGAUGUCUCACCGUUCUUUCAGUGGCAAAUAUGGAAACAAUGGUAAACGGGAUGCGCCGGCGACUGAGGCCAAAGUACACGCGCUCCGAGUCAAAAGCAAAAACGCAAGAUGACGCUCAACUUGUUCGUAUUUCUCAACCUGCUGCUGUCCUCUCCCAACCUCGACGCCACGACACGGGAACUUGCAUUGCUGUGUUCACAGUUCCUGCAGCUGGCCUUGCUCUCAAUCGAGGGUGUCCAGAUUGCGGCUGCGAGGCUACGAGACCAUUAAGCGCAUCUGCUGGCCUGGGUUCUGGUGCUUCUAGCUUCUUUGUCCCAGUGUCAUUCAAGGGACGUGACUUGACAAGUCAGGCAAGCAGCGCCUUCCAUGAUCCCCCUUGGGGCUCGUUUGCUGCUGUGACACCAAGACUUAUUGGUUACGUUACUACCGCUGCACCAGACCAGGCUGCUUCAUCAGCCCAUUUGGGCGGAACCCUCUUGAGAUAG